AUGCUCGACCCACAGAUGGGCAUGAAUCUCAACGUGCAGGGCCUCCAGGGCCCCUCCGACCAAGCGCGCAUCUACGCACAGAUACAACAACAGCAACAGCAACAGCAACAGCAGCAGCAGCAGCAGGUGAUGCAGCAGUUUAGGAACCAGGCUGGUGGUUCAAUGCCCGGUGGUACAAGCGUCGCUCAGAACCCCCGGGGCAUGUCACAGCUUGGUCAGCAACAGCCGCAAUCGCAACAACACAAUCUACCUCAGCGGCAAGAUAUCCCGCAGACGCAGGCCAGCAUCCAACAGGAACGGUACUCCCAGCUGCGUCAACGCGCACAAGCCUGGACGGCGAAGAUUAAGUCACUAGAGCAGGAUCUCGCUCACCAUAAUCAACAGCGCGCCGCGAUGCCCGAGAUCACCCAUCAGCUGAAGGCGAAGCAAUAUACGGACCAGAUCAACCGAUUAAAGGACGAUUUGCACAAGAUGUUCAAUCUCAUCAAGGGGAUGGCGGACCAACCAAACACUCAAGCGGGUGCAGCCGCUAUGGCCAACGGGGCGCGCCCGCAACAAGGCGGGCAGAUGAUGUCGGGUCAGGUAGGGAACGCAUUGCAGGGAGGUCCGGCUCUAGAGCAGCCGAAGAAGCCCUCCGCUGACAGCGUCAAGCCGUUUGUUGGCCUCGACGCUGGUCGAUUUCCUACCGAAGCCGAGAUUAAGCAGGCGAGUCUGUACAAGGAACUGCUGCUCGAACAGUUGAUACGGCCAGGUAUACACAACAUGAGACCGCAACAUAUUCCGCCUGAACAUGAACCGGAGUAUGCUGCGGUCUUCCAGGAGCUCUGUGGCUACGCCGGCCGGGUAUUUCCUGCUCUGGAGCUCCUGAUUUGUGCAUACCAUGACCAUGUCGUCAAGAAGGUUAUAGCUGCGACCAUGACUGCUCUUCGUCAGAAAGAGCUCAGUGACCAGAAAGGUAGUCCGUACUACCUGAUCGGUCUUGAGAACAUCCGCAACAUCACCAAUACGAUGAAGGCUGCUGCUGAAGCCAUCCCGUAUAGAAGCAUGCGC